GGUUACCGACUUUGUUGGGUUACAGAAGUUCCAUUAUUAGUUCUUGUCCCCUUCAAUAUUUCUACAAAUGCAAUGCUCUUUCAUCGUUAAUAUUCCCAAAAGACAAAUGGAGUGCUUCUCUUCCUCCCUCCUCCGGUUGCUUCUUCUCUUCAUCAUCAGUACUUCAUUUCUCAAUGUUGAUGCAACGUUUACUGGAACAUAUGGAGUAAACUAUGGCAGGAUAGCAGACAACAUACCAUCACCUCAUAGUGUGGUGACACUUCUCAAAGCAGCGAAGAUCAAGAACAUCAGAAUAUAUGAUGCUGCACCUGAAGUCCUCACCGCCUUCAAGGGAUCAGGAAUCGAAAUAGUUGUUGGACUUGGCAAUGAGUUCCUUAAGGAAAUCAGCAUAGCCGAGGAUCGCGCCACGACUUGGAUCAAAGAGAAGGUCCAGCCAUACCUACCAGGGACUCACAUUUCCGGAAUAGCAGUCGGGAAUGAGAUCUUGGGGGGGACUGAUGUGGUACUCUGGGAGGUCUUGUUGCCUGCAGUGAAGAAUGUGUAUAGUGCUCUUGGCCAGCUUGGUUUGGCUAGCAGCAUUGAGGUCUCAAGUCCACAUUCUGAGGCUGUUUUUGCUAAUUCUUACCCACCAUCUGCUUGCAUUUUUAGAGAAGAUAUUGCUGGUUACAUGAAGCCACUUCUGGAGUUCUUUUCGCAGAUUAAAUCUCCGUUUUACAUAAACGCAUAUCCAUUCCUUGCUUAUAAGAGUGACCCUGAGCACAUUAACCUCAACUAUGCUCUAUUCAAGUCAAAUCCCGGAAUUCUAGACACAAAGACUAAUCUCCACUAUGACAACAUGUUCGAUGCCAUGGUUGAUGCAUCUUAUUUCGCUUUGGAGAAGGCUGGAUAUGACAAGAUGGAAGUCAUAGUAUCCGAAACUGGUUGGGCAUCCAAGGGGGACCCAGAUGAAGCAGGAGCAGAUGCGAAAAAUGCCAGGACUUACAACUUGAAUUUGAAGAAAAGGCUGGCCAAGAAGAAGGGGACUCCUCAUAGGCCAAAGAUGGUGGUGAAAGCCUAUAUUUUUGCUUUGUUCAAUGAGAACUUGAAACCGGGGCCAACGUCGGAGAGGAAUUUCGGAUUGUUCAAAGCAGAUGGGAGCAUUUCGUAUGACAUUGGGUUCACUGGACUUGUUGCACCAAACGCAGCAUCCUCAUCUCUUCUUAAUUACAAGGGCAUGGGAUUUCGAGGUUGGUUUCAAUCUUCGCAUACCUGGGUUUUCACAAGUUGUGCUGCUGUUCUGCUUCUAAUGUUAUCGUCAUAACUAAAGGCUCGAUCCUUUGCGCCGGGUGAUGCUGAACAGCUGAAGUGGUUCAAGUUCUUACAUUAACAAUUGUCACAUUUCCAUGUAUAUCCAAUUCAUUUUCUAGUUUUACAUUAUUAUUCAUUGUACAUUAGAUGAAGAUCUAAAUAGCUGACGGUUUUCUAAUAAUAUUCCGGCAAUGUUCAUGUACAACACUCAUUUCCUUCUGUUUUCUUUCCUAGUAGUAACCAAACUGUCAUUAAAAACUAUACAA